GGGAAUCUGUCACUAACAGCAACAACACAAGUUUGAAAGGAUUGGCGGGGUAUGCGCUGUUUGAGCAUUUGAGGUGACAGUGAACUCUCCCUAUUGCUUCACUAGUUGUAGCAUAUGCAGCAGUGAAGUCACAGUAGCAGCAGCAUGGAUGACUCACUGGACCUCCUGAAAGAUGGUGCCACGCCUCGCACACUCUUGCGCCGCUUCAUGGCAGUAGCAGAUGUGCAAGAAACUCCAAUUCCCUUCAGAACCCGAGGAGCUGCAGCAAAGAAUGCCUCCAUUCAGAAGACUCAGAGUGGGCCCAAGAAGAGAAAAUCUUCCAGACUGAGCAAAGGAGAGCAAAGCAUGUCCCGUGAAGUUCUUCGUCAGCAGGCAAAGCAGUCUUCAUCCUUCAUGGAUCAGACCCUCAAUGCAAGUGUUAUUCAGGGUGCCAACCAGACAUAUGCCAACAUUGUCCCUCAAGAUAGUGACUCAUCUUCCUCUCUUAUCACAAGUUUUGAUAUGGAGAAAGCAGCAAAAUGGCAGAAGAGGAAGAAGAAAAAGUUGGAGGAUGCAUCAGUUCCAGCUGAAGUGGUACCCAAACCUCCUGCAAAAAAGAAAAGGAAGAAGAAAGAUCUCCCAUCAACUAAUAGUACUACAGAAUCUUUAAGUGAGGAAGGGAAAUCUGGGGAGAAGGCUGCUGACACUACAAACAUCAUAGCUCAAGAAGUGCAGCCUGAUGAGCCAGAGACUCAAAGUACACAGUCCUCUACAGAAGCAAAUGCAGCAGAAAAUGAGUCACUGCUUAGCCUGCCAAGCACUGCAUCACCUACAACAGAAACAGAAAAAAUUAUAUCUGAUGUUUCUGGUGAUGUUUCCUCUAUAGGUGAUGGAUCAUACUCUUUCAUAUCAGAAAAGGAUGAUUCUCAUAUAAGCAUAAAGAAUACCAAGGUUAGGUUUGGUAGUCAGAUUAAAUCUCGGCAAUUAAACCUUCCUUCUAUAAUUGAACUUUUGCCGGCAAAACAAAAGUCUGCUGAUCCACAGACUGUUACAAGUGCUGAAGAUGCUUUUGAUGCUCCAGAUAUGCAGGCUCCUCCUCCAGAAUCCUCAGCACCAUCACCUGAAGCCUCACAGGAAUCAGGCAAUAGAACAUCCCAGGACAUUAGUAAUGAUUUUAUCCUCCCUCCUCUAAGCUUCAGGGAUGAGGAGACCUCCACAACAGACAUUUUACGUGAAGCUAAUUUCUCAGCUCAUGACCUGGGAAAAAGAAUUUCUGCAACAUAUAUUCACCAAGAAGAACCUGAAGCAAGUCAAGGUCUGCUAAAUAUACAAGAGGAAGAUACACUAUUAGAUCUUAAAGGUACUCCAGCAGAUCAACUGAAGGCUCUGAGUGAAGUCAUCACACCUGCAGCCACACCCAGACUUACAAGAUCAGCACAGAAGAGUGUGGCUGAGGUUGCUGCCACCACCACACCCACACCUACAAGGUCAACACGAAAGAGUGUGGGUGAGGUUGCUGCCACCACCACACCCACACCCACAAGAUCAACACAAAAGAGUGUGGGUGAGGUUGCUGCCACCACCACACCCACAAGAUCAACACAAAAGAGUGUGGGUGAGGUUGCUGCCAUUACCACACCCACACCCACGAGGUCAACACGAAAGAGUGUGGGUGAGGUUGCUGCCACCACCACACCCACACCCACAAGACCAACACAAAAGAGUGUGGGUGAGGUUGCUGCCACCACCACACCCACACCCACAAGAUCAACACGAAAGAGUGUGGGUGAGGUUACUACCACCACCAUACCCACACCCACAAGGUCAGCACAGAAGAGUGUGGCUGAGGUCACUGCCACCACCCCAUCCACACCCACAAGGUCAGCACAGAAGAGUGUGGCUGAGGUCACUGCCACCAACCCAUCCACACCCACAAGAUCAGCACAGAAGAGUGUGGCUGAGGUUGCUGCCACCACCACACCCACACCCACAAGGUCAGCACGGAAGAGUGUGGCUGAGGUUGCUGCUACCAUCACACCCACAAGGUCAGCACGGAAGAAUUUGGUUGAGGUCGCUGCCACCACCACACCCACAAGGUUGGCACAGAAGAGUGUGGCUGAGGUCACUGCCACCACCACACCCACAAGGUUGGCACAGAAGAGUGUGGCUGAGGUCACUGCCACCACCACACCCACACCCACAAGGUCAGCACAGAAGAGUGUGGCUGUUUUGGCAAGUCCUCAAACAGAUAAGACAGUGAAAGACACAUCUACCACUGGAUCUCCAAGGCAAACCAGAAUGUCUCAAGCCUCUGAUGCUUGGCAGGUCUCUGAAGCCAUUGCAUCACUACCUUCUAAUGAGGGCACAGGUGGGCCAUCAUCACAUCCCCCAGUUGAAGAAUCUCAUAAUUCCCAAGAAAUUGGUAAAUCGCAACAACAUGCUUCUGAAGAUAAUGAAGAUGAUAUAUUUGAAGAUGAUAGUCCUAGCAAGAAGAGGAGAAUAAGUGGUUCUUUGUCUAGAGGUGCUGCUCAGAAUGUCUUGCCAGAGGAUGCUAUUGAAGAAGCACCACUUUCUGAUAGUGAAGAUGAAUAUGCCUCGAAUUUAGAACCAUUACAACUAUCUUUUCAUGGCAGUGAUAAGAGUGCAACAUCUGCCUCACCUGUCAAUGCUCUGAAGGUAAAGACUACAUCAACCACAAAGCCUAAAGCACAACCAUCAACUCCCUUCACUACAGCCAAAGUAAGACAGAUGACGUUGAAGGAGUUUCUGGAACAGCUGAAGACAAAACCAGUGCCACCACCAGUUCCUAAACCCAAACCAUUAUUGGCAGGUCUUCUUGGAGCCCCAUCAACCAGCAAGACCUCAGCUAAGCCUCUGCAAAAACAUAAACAGAAAAAAGGUACAAAAAAGUCACAGAUGCCAGCUACUUUUCCACGGUCAGUCACCAAAGAAGUGUUUACACAUUUUUCUAAGUGCCGAGUGACUGCAGCAGCAGUGAAUGAGGUGAUGAAUUUCAGUGGGAUUUUUUGGUCAAACUUAACAAAGGACAUAUAUUCAUUGGCUUCUGAGACUUCCAACCAAAUUGAAGCCAGCACUGUGGAGAAGGUGAUGAAGCGGAUUAAGAUAAUUACUCCAGAACAGUCUCUCAAUUCACUUGUUGAAGAAUUGCUGCCUAUGGAAAUGUGGAAUAUGUUUUUGCCUUUCCCAGAUGUUGCCAAAAACCCUUUCCCUCCCAUCACUGGCCAGCUGUCUAAAGUGUAUCAAUCUGAUGACCUGGAGAAUGAGGAGGAAGAAACUGCAGGAUAGUAGGAUGGACAGCAAUAUGCCUGUUUGAAGUGUGACUCCAUUUAUAUGAAUUAGAUAAAUAAUAGGUGUGUAAGCCAAGGUAUAUUUUGUUUAAGUUGAUUAUGGAUAUUUUUAUAAGGUAGAAUUGAAAGGAAUAUUCCCUUAUGAACAACAAAACUCUUUAAGAACUGUAUUUUAUUGACAACAAAACUCUUAAGAACUAUUUUAUUCUCUUCUAUUUUUUUUUUAUAUGAAAUGGUUAACAUAUAUAAAGUUUUUAAUCCAA